AUGUCAAGUUCAAAAUCAAUCAUUGAUGAAACUUACAUUAAUGUUCAUUUAAAAGGAGGCAAUCUACAUUCUGAAUUAUUACAUAUAGAAGCUUCUUUUAAUAAAGGUAAUUUUGUAAUUUAACUUAGGAUAAUUUAAGGGAUAAUCAAUCCCAUUGAGAUGUCAAUGGUUUAAUAUUACCAAAGAGAAAGAUUUUGUAGAAAUAGAAGAUGUCUCAGGUUAAUUUUAUCAACCUUGUAUUCUAGAUAUUGAUACUAAGUAAAAUCUUUAAUAAAUCCUAUAAGAAUUAUGGUUUAAGCUAUACCAAUUUUGGAUUUCGAAUAUAAUGGAAUGCCCUUAACGGCAGAAACCAAUUUUUUGCAAGCAGAUUCUAAAAUUUUUGAUUUAGUAGAUAACUACAAUUAAAUUAGGUUAACUCAGCAUUUAAUGAAGGAGAAAUGCAAUUAAAUUGUAAAUUGGAAAAUAUUUAAGCUCAAUAAAAUCAAUCCUAUAUAGAUCUUAAUUUACCUUUAGUUUGCACUUUAAUUGUCAAUGAAAAUGGGUUGAUAUUGAAAACUGAUUAAAAUAAGAUUAUUACUAAUAUUGAUAAAUACGAACUUAAGAUUAUUAAAAAAAAUAACAAUUAGAUUGAAAUCUUCAAUUAAAAUAUUAAAUUAUUGGCAGCUGUAACAAAUAAUGUCAUUCGGGAUGCUAUAUUUCAAUUUAGCAAAACAUUAAAAUCAAAAAAAACUCAUUUAAGUGAUACUGCUUAAUUAUAUGUAAUCCUCUCUGAUUAAGAAUAAAAGUUAACUUAAAAAGAAAAUGAAAUUUCAUAAUUAUUAGAUAUUAAAUAAAAAUUAAAUUAAAAUCUUAAUGAACUUUAAUAAUAAUACAAUAUAAAUAUCAAAAAAAUUGAAUAGAUUGAUAAAUAAGUGGUGUAAUAGAAUUAAUAAAUUUAGAAUAAAGACAAAGAAAUUUUGAAUUUAAAACAAUAGAUUGAUAAAUUAGAUGGAAAAACAUAAAUUUAUAUUUAAGAAAUUAAAGUUUUGAAGAGUUAAGUAAUAUUAUUAGAAAACACAAAUAAAAAAUUCUAAUAAGAAAUAGAAGAAUUAAAAAAAAAUUAACAUUAAAAUUAAGAUGAAAUAAGAGAAAUGUUUUAUAGAGAAAAGUUAGAUAGUCUAAAAUAAUAAAAUGAUGUAUUAAUUUAAUUUAUUUAGAGAAAUGCAUAAAGGAAAAUUAAUAAUGGUAAUUAAUUAAUGAUUAAUUAAUGAAAGAAAUAAAAAAACUUGAAAGCAAUAAUACUUUUUAUUAAGAAGAGAAAGAAUUAAUUUAGAAUGAAUUGAAUAAUUUAAAAAAAAAAUAUGAAAGUUUAUUAUAGGAGAUUGAAUUGAACUAAAAGAAAGAGAAAUCAGAAAUUUCAUCAGAAGUAAUGAAUAUUUUUAAUUACAUAGAAUGAAGCUUAAUCUAAUAAAUAAUCUGAAAUUAUAAUAUGCAAUCCAAAUAUUUAAAUUAGUAAUGGUUCAUAAGAUGAAAUAAAAAGAUUGAAAAUAACAAUAAAUAAUUUGGAAGCAACAAUCAAGAAGUAAAAAGUAUCAAAAAUUUUAGUUUGAAAUGUGAUUAUGAAUAGGAUAUGUUGAAAUUAACAAAUAAACAUUUUUUGAAGAGUAAUACUUCUUAAGAAAUAUAGAUGUUGCAAAAAUUGGUAAAAUAAAAAAGAAUAUGAUUUUAGGCUAAUUCUUUGGCUGAGAGUUUAUCUGAUAAGGAAUAAGCUUUAUAAACUUAGAGAAAUAUUAAUCGAGAAUUACUGAGUAAGAUUUCAGAAUUUACAAAGUGAUAGAUGGA